UAACGGCAACCAACGAGACAGACCACGUUAUCGUCCUUAGUAACAGUUCCCUGGCAACCGGCGCUCAGUGACAAUUGCAUUCAAAGUCCUUCAAUAUCUCCAGGUCUCCCCCCUCACUCACUCUAUUACACUACACAUGCUCAGCUGUGGAUAAACUGCACAUGACACGAGAGAACGGCACAGAUCCAACAGCACAGUGAUUCCCUCUGUGGUUUCUUGGAUCAGAUCUUGAGGAAAGCUUCUUCCUCCACAGUUGGACAGCAUGGGCUCAGGUUCCUCAUCAUACUCCCCCAAAACCAUAUACCUGGACGUGGACGGCAAAGUGCAGAAGGUGUUGUUCAGUCGACACUGCAGCCCAUGUGACAUUAAAGAACUGCUGUGUUCUUCUUCCAAUAUCCCCAGGAACACAGCUGUCAUGCUGGUGGACCCUGAGGGAGCUCUAGUGUCCAUUGAUCCCACGAUGCCCACCAACUCUCCCAGUUCUCUAUACAAAGUGGUUCCUCUGUCCUUUGGCCUGCUCGGAGAGAAAGAAGACAUGUUUCAGAACGUGUUAUCGCAGGUGGCAGAGCAGUUCAGCAGGGCCUUCAGGAUCAAUGAGCUGAAGACUGAAGUGACCAACAGGCUGGCGAUGCUGGAGAAGAGAGUGGAGUUGGAGGGCCUGAAGGUUGUGGAGAUCGAGAAGUGCAAGAACGACCUGAAGAAGCUGAGGGAUGAGAUGACCUCCAGAGGAGGAGGAAGAGUGAACUGCCCGUGUAAAUACAACUUCUCAGACGACGGGAAGAAACUCACCCCCAGGCGAGAUGUUCCCAGCUACCCAAAGUACACACUCUCCCAGGAGACCAUCGAGGCUCUGAAGAAACCCACGUUUGAUGUGUGGCACUGGGAGCACAAUGAGAUGCUCAGCUGCUUGGAGUACAUGUACCAUGACCUGGGCCUGGUAAAGGAGUUCAACAUGAACCCCAUUACUCUCAAACGAUGGCUGCUCGCUAUUCAGGAGAAUUACCGCAGCAACCCCUUCCACAAUUUCCGCCAUUGCUUCUGCGUGAGUCAGAUGAUGUAUGGCAUGAUUCACCUCUGUAACCUGCAGGAAAAGCUCACUCUGACAGACUUGGGCAUUUUAAUGACUGCAGCAGUAUGCCACGACUUGGACCACCCUGGAUACAAUAACACGUACCAGAUAAAUGCCCGCACUGAGCUCGCCGUGCGCUACAAUGAUAUCUCUCCUCUGGAGAAUCACCACUGUGCUGUCGCCUUCCAAAUCCUGGCUCUGCCCGAGUGCAACAUCUUCGCCAAUGUGGAUUCUGAAACCUUUAAACAGAUCCGCCAGGCGAUCAUCACACUGAUUUUGGCCACAGACAUGGCCCGACAUGGAGAGAUCCUGGACUCCUUCAAGCACAAAGUGGACAAUUUUGAUUUCACCAAUGAGGAGCAUGUGACUUGCCUGAAGAUGGUCCUGAUCAAGUGCUGUGACAUUUCCAACGAGGUCAGGCCCACAGAAGUGGCGGAGCCAUGGGUGGACUGUCUGCUGGAGGAGUACUUCAUGCAGAGUGACCGUGAGAAGUCAGAGGGUUUACCUGUCGCUCCCUUUAUGGACAGAGACAAAGUGACCAAACCCACGGCUCAGAUUGGCUUCAUUAAGUUCGUCCUUAUUCCCAUGUUUGAAACAGUCAUGAAGCUCUUCCCACAGAUUGAGGAAAUCAUGGUGCAACCUCUGCGGGAUUCACGGGAUCACUAUGAGGAGCUGAAGCAGAUUGAUGAUGCCAUGACUGAGGCACAGAAGAAAAAAACUGAAAAUAUGUCAUUAGGAGGAAAGAAGAAAUAAGUUUUGUGGAAAGCUGAGCGCUAACGUGGAUGUUCCUUUCUGACCCGUUUCUGCAGCAGUAGCAGAGCUCCGGUCUGAGGCUUUGCUGAGGAGGUCCAGUUUGAAGAUGAUGAAGAUGGCUGCUCCAUCUGCUGAAUCCAAAGAGGAAGGAGUCUGAGAUGAGAUGCUCGGGCUUUUGGAACAAAGACAACAAAGGUUCUUCCAGAAUAGCUGCAAGAUUACAGACAGCUAGACAAUAGAUUGGACUGAUCAUCACUGUUGUUUUUUCAUGUGGCCUCCUGGGGCAUUGUGGGCAUAUACAAAUAUAUCAGUAUGUUUUUAUUUUAUUCUUCUUUUUCUUUUAUCGUUUGUGCUGUGUUCUUCCUCCAGCACUUUGUGUGCGGUGCAUGGGGAGUAAGUCUCUUGAGUCUCUUAUACUUUAUAGAGAGUUUUUACAUGAACAGAGUUUCUAAUUAAACAUCAUGAAGUCAGUGCAGAUCAAUAGUUAACUCUUCACACUUUACAUUAAGUGUUGACUAACUAACAUUAAAUUAAUGAAUUAAUGCAUUAGUUACCGUGAAUAAGACAUGAGGUAAUACAUACAUUAACAAUGCUUAGAUAAUGUUAAUUAAACACGGAAAAAAACAGCAUUAAUUAAUAUUAUUUUCACAUGAAAUGUAGAUGAACUAACAUUAGAAGUAAAGCAUUUGUUAAAAUUAACAAUAAAUCUUACACUUCAUAAUUGUUCAGUAAUUGUUAAAUAUUUAUUAAUUAAAUAUUAGUUAUAAAUAUAUUAUAACACUUAUGCAGUGGUAGCCAGUUUUUAUUUGUAUUUAAUAAUGUCUGUUA